UCCAGCCCUCCGACUGUGCAGGUCGGUUCUACGGCCAUUUCUCUUUUGAUUUGACUCUCACACCUUUUUUUUUGUUUUUUGUUUUUGAUUCUUUUUCUAUCGUUUUCUUCUAUCUGCUUUUAUCAACCGGUUAUUCAAAGUCCCGUUGCAUAGUUUCAUUUCUUAUACACGCAGUCGUAUGUGUGAAUUGAACGUCGUGAGUGUAUAGAGGGACCAGUUGUUUCGCGGCAUCGCCUCUUCUUCUUUUAUUCGUUUGUUUCUGAGCUUCCCACACGAAACGCGGGACUUGUGAAGCGGCUGUGUUUUCAGUGAACUGUAAAGCCUCGCCAGAAAUUGUCGUGAACACUUUGCCUGGACUUCCAUAUAGUGUCAACUGAUAUGGCAACACCUCCAUUUCAAAAACAAAUAUCUCUAUAGCAGUUGCACCUGUUGCCAAAACAAUACACAGCACGCACAGCCGUUGGAAAGAUAAACAAUACACGACCGACUGUGUGCUGUGCGUGUUUUUUUCAAUAUCCGGUGCAGAUUCGGUGGGUUCUUUGAAACUGCGUCGGUGACAAUUUAAAAAAAAAAACCAGAAGAAUUUUGUUUGUUUUGUUUUUUUCCAAAGCCAGUGACAUCCGUCUGAGGUGAAUCCGGCCAACUUAACCUGCGUUGAUUUCAAUUAGGUUCGAUCGCCAAGAUGAACGACAAUCUGCAUCACAGCCAACUGUCCGAUACUUCCAGUCACAACGGCAGCAGUUACGACAGCCUGGAGCUGGAGAAAAUGAAUCCACUAGGAGAACUGAAUUUCUUCUUCGGCGAACGAUCCUCCGGCAACGGCCAGCAACAGCGUUCGCAACAAAAUCAUCAACAACAACCUGGGAAACGAUCGAUGGACGACGUUCUGAAGAAACUCUCUUCCAAGAUGCACAUUAGCCAUUCGCCGGUCGAUGAAAUGGACCCUUUCAAUAAAGACAGGUCAGGGCAUUCGAAUCAAUCCGGAUCAGGCGGAAUGAAUCGCUCGUCUACCGAGAGCGGCAGCAGUAGUGGAGCUGGUAGUCAUGCGCAAGAUUCCGGCUCGCUAUUGGACGCUUUAGCCGGCGAAUCUUUGACCGAAAAGGAACGUCGCCUGUCUGAAACGAUUGCUGAAUUGCAGAAAUUACGCGAACAGAUGAUCGCCCAACGCAGCGGAAGCAGCAGCAGCGAUUACACCGACAAAGCUGGCCAUAAUAACCAACAGCAGCAACAGCAGCAAUCGUCACACCACAAUAACGGGCCAACUGCCAUUGAAAUUGCAGAAGCGGCCGCAUCGAAGAACAAUGCCGAAAUGCAACAGUUUCAAGAGCUCCAACAACACAUUGAACUGCAACGCUUACAGCAAAGUCAGCAAAUGUUUCUACAACAGCAACGGCUCCAAGAAAUCCAGGCCCAGGUACUUUCGCAGUAUGGCAAUAAAGCCCUGAGCCUUGCAGCUGCUGGAGUGCCUCCUCUGAUGCUACUCCCCUACUUGGAAUCUCUGCGUAGUCUACAAGGACAUCAUGCUGGCAUGCAGGGAUUUCAAUCAAAUUCAAUGGGAAAUUCACAAUCUGGCUCUGGCCAUUCGUUCACCGGGAUGCAUUCGGCAAUGUCUCCAUUAACGCAGAAUUUUCUCGGUUCGCCCUCUGGUUUACCCUGUUCAUCCACCGUUACCUCCAAAGGCUCUCCGUCAGCUCCCGUCACGUCCAUGGCUUCAAGUUGGGGAUUGUCUCCAAUGGCACAAAAGUUUUUGCCGUCACCAGUAAGACGGAGCGCAACACCUGAGCAGCCGAUUAGCAAAACAGGAACCGGACAUCACGAAGGACCUGCUCUGUCAUCCUCAAAUAUUCCGUCAGCCACAAAAAAACAACGUGCAAAUCGAGAAGGUGAUGGACCUCUUAAUCUGAGCAAGACAAAAGGACAAGGAGGCAGUCCUACUCCACCUAGUACCCCGUCUUCGACCCCUACGCCAUUGACCUCUACAGUUUCAUUGACAUCGUCACGCCCUUUCCCAGGACAGAAUCACAUGAUGCACGGAUCGGGACUACUCUUUCCUAGCCAUUUUCUCCCUUACCCAUCGAUGCCACCUCACUUAAGUGCCAUGAAUUUCACAGGUAGUAAAAUGGGAUUCAAUGCGCCAACAGUUGGAGGUAUGGGAACUAACGAUCGUAUCCUAGGAUCAGACAAACAUCCUGGAGCCAUGAACUGCAGCAACGGCGCGGAGUUAAAUGGUCCGUUUCCGACAAUGCCGUUCUUUUUACCUACCCUGAAUGGUGCCGCCCUACCCAACAUGGCCAACGCGGGAGCUAUGGCGUCCUCCGGCGAAGGAUCGCAAUCUUCAGAAACUACGGGAAAACAACAGCGCGAUGGAAGUUCGUCCAAUCGCAACACAAAAAUGUAUGGAGCCAAAAUAAUCCGUCAGAGUCGUCGCGAUCCGGAAGGAAAGCCACACAUUAAGCGGCCGAUGAACGCCUUCAUGGUAUGGGCCAAAGACGAAAGGCGGAAAAUUUUGAAAGCCUGUCCGGAUAUGCACAAUUCCAACAUUUCCAAAAUACUCGGUGCCCGUUGGAAAGCUAUGACCAACGCCGACAAACAGCCGUUCUACGAAGAACAAUCGCGUUUGUCCAAGGUGCACAUGGAGAAACAUCCCGAUUAUCGUUACCGUCCACGACCGAAACGCACGUGCAUCGUGGACGGUAAGAAGCUGAGGAUCUCCGAGUACAAGACGUUGAUGAAACAGCGUCGUCAAGACAUGCGUCAAAUGUGGUGUCGCGACGGUGUCAAUCCCUCCGCCAUGGGAUUGGGAAAUGGUGCUGGCCCUUCGUCUAAAGAUCGCUCGUCUAAAAAUGGAGAAGACGACGAUAAAAAUACAACCAACUCGUCCAUCUCUGAUUCUGACGAUGAACUAGACGCUGCUGAUGACAGUUUAGAUAUGAACUUCUCUGGAGGAGAACACGAUGAAACGGGUCAUCAUGGCGAUUACAUCAGCUAUCAUGCUGCAUCUCUUUUCAAUCCGACCGGUUCGUCUGCUCUGGGCAGUGAGAGGAUAUCAUUUAAUAGUUAAACAACUCUUUCGUGUUAAAGUGUUUUCACUUUUCUCUGUCAAAGAAAUAGCAUCCCAAAAGAUAAUUUCGUGACGUCACCAACUUGCAGGUGAUUUGGUUAUUCGAAAUGCGGUUGCUCCAUUGCGGUUGUCGUGCGGUGCGUUUACGGCGUUUUAUUUAGACGGAUGCUCCAAAUUAAUGGAAGGCAUUGUUUUUGGGGACAAACAAAACAAUGGCGAUGGACAGUAGGUUAUGUGUACGUUUAGCAGAGAUCCCGGAAUGGAUGUGCAACAGGUCCCUACUGCGAUGGCGGGGAAAUUCGAAUCUUAAAAUAAUAGCUCGUUAAUCGGAUGGUAUGACAUCUGAAAUGAUUGCAAAAAUGUUGGCCGGUUGAAAUUAGACAGUCUGUCCAUAAGCUCCCACCUCUUUUGGUCGUACUUUAAAGAUAAAGCAAAGCCCCCUGUUAUCCACCAAACGGCCAUGAAUUGCUUUAAUGCGCGUUUCGUAAAUCAAGAAAAAUCCCAUAAUAACAUUAGUUUAUUUGUAAACAAAAGUUAUGUCGGUGCUCUCUCGUAUUGUUUGUGGAUUGUUAAAAAAUAUCGGAAAAAAAGACUAAAAAAAACAAAAAAAAAAAAAACGAAUUAUAUCUUUGGUCCAAAUGAUUCUAAUUGUGUGUGACUGUUGUUAUAUGGUUGUACCGUAAGAUUAUCUUUUCUAAUUUGAAUUUCCAACGAUGGUUGUUUAGUCUUCAGUGGAACUGAGAGAGAAAAAGGAGCUUAGCAAAGAUGUCUCUGGUGCUAUAAUACCUAUACAUAAUUAUACUACCUUCGUUUGGCUAAAAUAGAAUGUAAAAAUGGCGCUCAAUAACUGCAUUGUUGUAACAUUAACCCAAAAACCAGACAUGAAGUAGAACGGCGUGAUAGUUGACAUCAAAUACUUGCAACUCAACGGAGAAAAAGACAAGGCAGUUUCACUGUUUACUCGUUUAGCAUAAAAGUCCUAGAUUUGAUGAGUUUCCUCCUAAUUGAUUUAUUAUUAAUAUAGUUCGUUAAAUUUCUUCUCCCCAUCCUGUCCAUUUCAUUGUUAAUAUUUUGAAUGAUUUGUCGUUUCCCAUUUUGAACAGUACACUUCAACAAAUUCUCAGUGAAAAGCAAAGAAAGAAAAAGGAAAAAAAAAAAGCCAAACCCAUUUAUCUCUUUUUUAAUGUUUUCAUUUAAGUGGCCCAUAUACAAUUUCACGAAUUUAUCCUUUUUCCUUGUUAUUGUCAAGGGUUUUAUUGUAUGUGUAUACGCAUUUUACGGCAAAUUUUCUUGGUAGCUUAGAUUUGUGUUGACUGGAAAUACACUUUGCACCCUA